AUGAGUAAAGGACUAGCACCGAGUAAAAGUACAGUGUACAUAAGCAAUCUACCAUUCAGUUUAACCAAUAAUGAUAUCCAUCAAAUACUACAACCAUAUGGUAAGGUUGUUAGGGUAACCGUCGUUAAAGAUAAAGAAAGUCGUAAAAGCAAAGGUGUCGCUUUUGUUUUAUUCCUGGAUAGAAAUGAUGCUCGUAAUUGUGCGGACAAACUGAACAAUGCACAGAUGUUUGGUCGUACACUGAAAGCAUCCAUUGCUCGAGAUAAUGGUCGUGCUGCCGAAUUUAUUCGUAGACGUGAAUAUCCUAACAAAUCUCGAUGCUAUGAAUGUGGUGCUUUUGGUCAUCUCAGUUAUAAAUGUGAUAAAAAUUCAUUAGGUGAACGUGAACAACCAGUGAAAAAACGGAAGAUUCGUAAGAAGACAGAACAUAAUCAAACUGUACUGUUAUCGAAAUUAGAUUAUGCAUGA